AUGGGUCUGAAGGGGGCAUGGUGUUUCCCAUGGUGUGGGUGCCGGAGACAGCGAAGGACUGACAGAGGAGCAGGCCUGGAUCCAGCUGCCCCUCCAGAUCCAGACGGCAGCCCGGCUGUAGCCCCGAUUGCCACCGAGGGAGGGAUACCAUCCCCAGGGUCUGGUGCCUACUUCAGCAGGAAGGCCCGGCUCUCCUUCCGUCACCAGCUGCAUGAUGUAGCGUCAGCCAACGACUCCACCAUCUGA